AUGGCGCCGCUCACUGCUGGUCAGAAGCGCAAAGUUGAUUAUAAUGCUUCAGGCACGCAAGCCCAAGCUCGCAAGCGUCAAAAAGGUAAAGAUGCAAGAGCUGUCACUACACAGACAGCCGACGCUGCGCUGUCGAGGGCAGGGGAGCUCAAUAUUGCCUCGUUCAUCAAAUCCAGGGAUUUCGAGAUAGCUGCUCUUGAACAGAGUAUAAAGAAGUCAAAGAAAAGUCUUACCCAAAGAGCUUUCCAACAACUUCCAAGGCAUAUGCGAAGGAGAACUGCCAGCCACAAUGUCAAGAAAAUACCUAGACGACUGCGUGGCCGCGCUUCGAGAGAGAUGAAGGAAGACAAUACUCCCAUCGGAAGUGCAAGACGACGAAAAGCUUCUGCCAAACUUCGACUGCGGCUCGAAACAGCGAAAAAACUGCAAAAGCUCAAUUUGAACAGAAAGAGUGCGCGCGAGAAGAAGAGAGAAGCUCAACAGAAUGCAAAGGAGCCUGAUCCUGAGAAGCAUAUAUCGUUGAGUCGCGUUCCAUGGAUCAGAAAGAGUGUUUUGGCAGGACCGCCUCAAGCAACCUCUAAGUUCAAGAGACGUCAGGUGCACAAGACCUGGCUGCCGACCCACCUAUGGCACACUAAGCGAGCGCAUAUGACUCGACCGACCUCUCCGUUGUGGCGUAUGGCAGUACCUUUGAGGCCCACCGAAAAGACUUAUCGACCUACACAUCGCGCUGCGGGCUCACGAGGCUGCGUUGCGUGGGACACAUCAUAUACAUCUACUGUCGGAUGUCUCGGCACCGAGGCAGCUCUGGAGAGCAUGUUGAAGGCUUUGAGUUUUCCUGGCGAAGGUUGGGUGGGCGCCAGAUAUCGCAGAUGGAAGGCAGGGACGAGAUUUGCCGAGGGAUGGGUGAAAGAGAGGGACAACGAGCAAAAAGUCGUCGCGCCGAUACUAGUCAUUUGGCAGGCAAAGCCCACGCCUACAGAGGAGCCAGAUAAUGCAACAGAGAUGGACACUGAUCAACCACCACUGGCAAACGAUGCGAGAAACCCUCGCAGGAAGGUCAAGCUUGAUACCAAGAUUCUUGUUCGCGUUCAUCCUUCGGCCUUCUAUCAAUUCUGGCAAGAAUUGCUUAAGGUAGCAAAGAUGCAGAAGCCUCAGGUUCUAGUAGAAGACCUUCGCUUUGAGAUUGGCAGCAUCACGGUUAGUGGACCUGAAUCAACUGAAGCAUUGACGAGUACUCUCAGCAUUGUACAGGAUCAAAUUCAUAUGCACAACCUCUGGAACAUGUUACCGUCUCUAAGAAAUCCUGCUUCGCUACCUCAGAAUGCUAUGCUAGCUUUGGAUGUAAUUGAUCCACGCUGCAAUUUCCCUCCCAAACAAUUUCAGACCUCCAAAAACGAGAGCAAUCUUCAAAUGCUCAAUGAGGCUAUUGUCGCCUGGCCUCCUGACACCAGGUUCCCACCAUCGAGACUCUUUGAUCACAAAGAGCGCUAUCGGACGUGCAUGUCUUUGCCCUCUCAGAGAGCGAUCAACCGUCAGAAGAGAGCAGUUGUGCCUGGCGAAGGCAAUAAUGUUCAGGAAAAGGGACCUAAAAUUCCAGUGUUACUGCUAGCACAUCGGUCAGCAAAUCGUGAUAGCAGCUUUCAGGGCUCGUGGUCAGUCCUGUUACCUUGGAGCUGUGUUGAUCUCGUUUGGCGCUCUUUGAUGUACUGCCCGCUAUCUUCAGGAAGCACACCAACUUUCGGUGGUUUGGAACAAAGUCGACAAGUGGCGUUCGAGCACGCCGUAUCCUGGUAUCCAGGCGAUUACCCUGGACUAGAGGCUGGCAAAGCAUGGGGGCGUACUGAGUCCGAGGACGCGUUUGACUCUUGGAUCCGGCGGCCACCUAGCAAAAGAUUCGCCUGGGAUACCUUGGAUCUUGGUCUUGGCAGGAAAGGCGAAGUUGGUCGUGGUUGGGCAUGUGAUUGGGAGUAUCUUUUUAGAGACACCUUGUCCGUACAUGCUUCUGUCGAGCUCAAGGAUGCGGACGAUCGCAACAACAAUACAACAUACCGCCAGAUGCAACUGCUAACACAAAGACAACGAAAAGCAGCCGCGGCCAGAGCCGAGAAGGACGAGGAAGAGGGAGCGAGGCGAAGAAAUACUUCAAGCCCAGAGUCAUUAGAUGACACAGAGCAGUUGCACAGCGAUGUGAGAUAUCACCACCUUGAGCCAAGCCAGGCAGCCACCUUGCUGAAUCGCUUCGGAAAGCUGGAAGCGCCGAAGACUUAUGCGUUAACCACUGUGAGAAUUCGGUUAUUGACACGAGGCACACCAAGGCCUGCCGCAAGAAUAUAUCGUCUCCCUCUCUGCGAUGACGGUACCGAGACAGAUCAACAGAGAAGCUCUACUUCUACAACCUUGCCGCAAGACCAUGAUCGUGCCGCAAGCUCUGCUGAGAUGCCAGCCGGCCCACUUCUGUUUCCGACCACGUCUAUGCGACAAAGCGAUGGUGUCUCAUCUACAACACUCCGCACACGCUGGCUAGCACUCGAUCUAAACCAACCACAUGCUAACCUGCACUCCUCCACGAAUCUCCCUGCUUUCCAACGUAAAGAGCGACGAAAUCAUCACGACGAUCCAGCCUCUCAUAAGCUCUACGACCCCAAGAAGACCAGAGAUCUCUCACACAUUCGUGUCUUUCCACCCCAUGAGACGAAACCUGAAGUUCUCGACAUGUUUGGUCCUCGUCCACCCAAGAAGACGUCUGAAGAAUUGUUGAAGAUUAUACAACCGCAGCUUGUGCCGAAGAUGAACAUCGACAAAUAUGGAGAUUUAGUUGAAGAAGAUCUAUGGGACAAGCACGUUCCGUGCCCGCAGCCAGGUGAUUUGGUUGGAUAUGUGACGACCGGUGGUUAUUCGUUGAGUGAGGGUGGCGGAAUGGCGAUUGGAAGUGUCUGGGUACAGAGGAUCAUCGAGGGCUGGAAGAAGGAGGAGAAGCAGUCAUCUAAGAACGCCGACGCCUCAAAUCAGGAUGAUCUCCGAGCGAACGGUCAGGUCGACAAAAGUCAGUCGUUAUCGCAAGUCAGAAGAGAGGGCAAUAAAAAGGUAGCCAGGCAAGAUGCACAGAAAGUCAAAUACGAAAAGCAGAGACAGAAACAGGUCGAGAGAGAGCGGCAUUUGUGCAUCGUCAGGAACGCUGGCGAGAGUGUUGGAAGGCUUGCUAUCUGGGAGCUAUGCUAA